CUUCAAUUUUAGUUGAGUAACGUCAACCACGGUUAACGGAUGUUUUUUAAAACGUUGCAACGGAAGCGUGCGAGUGUGUGUGAGUCAAUGUAAAAAGAAUUUUUGUGUGUGAGGAAAAGAAAACAAAAAUUCUAUACUAAAAUACGACCAAGAAGAGCGUGCGUUAAAAUUAUAAAUUUGUGAUUUUUUUUAAUGAAAUAAUUAAAGAAAUUAUUUGCUAAACAUAUAAGAAAAAUAUAGAAAUGUUAAAGAAAAUGUAAUAAUUUGUGUUUUUUUGUUAAAAGCAAAAUCUGUCAAAAUAUAAUUUCUUAAGAAAAAAAUAAUCAAAAAAAAAUGUAUAAAAAAGUGCAAUAGUGUUUGUGUGUGUGUAUACACAGGUGUAAUAGAAAUACGCUGAAGAUUUUGUCACCUCUCUUACCAAUUACUAUUGGGUUUAACAUUGUGGGAGGAAAGGGAGAAAGGAUUUAAUCAGUUUAUCUUAAAAUUUCGGAAAAUUGAAAAAUUUAGCAAAAACCAAGUUUAUUUUUCGUGAAAACAACUGUUAUUAAGUUUGUUUAUAUUAAAAAUUAUUUUAACCAAAAAAAUGUUUUGUAAAUUGUGUGUAAUUAAUUAAAGAAAAUUUUUUAAUAAAAUAACAGAAGAAUCUCUCUGGAAUAACGAAAUAUUUGUAAAAAAAAUCUCUCAUAAUUUUCACCCUCUCAUGAUACUUUAAACAAAAUUUGUAAUAAAAUGUUAAAUUUAAAGAAAAAUUAAUAAAAAAUCAAAAGCAAAACAACCACCUGAAUCACCCCACACCAACCAUCUGUCAAAAAUUUAAGAAAAUACAACUCUAAGGCAAAAUCAUCUGGAUUGUUAAAAGCAAAACAAAACAAGAAAAAUUACCGUUAGAACUAAACAGCAUCCAUGUUGUGUUGAGUAUAACUAAAUUACUGCUAACAAGCAAAAAGGGAGAGAAUAAAUAAAACCAAAGAGAGAGGAAAAAGUGUGUCCAAAAGAGAGCUUAACUAAGAGUUAAGUAAGAGAGUGGUGAUUUAAUAAUAAAAGGUGUAUUUCGAUUUAAUCAUCAUCUCGGCUUUUCAUCUUCAUCAUUUUCCAUCAGUUUCAUCAUCAUACUUUUUGAAUAAUAAAACAAGAAAACAAAAAUCAGUUUAAACAAUGGGCCGGCGUACUUAUUUUAAUCGUGCUACCGAAAUCAACUACCCCAGCCGUGUUGAGGGUUGGUUGGAUGUUUGUGAAACCGAAGGUGAAUUAACGCGUAAACAAAAAAUCACAUUACCCUGGGGUCCACUGUACUGUGUACUGCAGCAAGAUGAACAAUCAUUUACCGCAUAUUGCAGUGAAGAAAUAUCGAUAUUCUCGGCCACGCCUAAAAAGGAGUUAACCGAUAUUAUGUGUAAUGAAUAUCCCCGCGUACGUUUAGAUCGUAUUCGUCGUCCCAAUAAAAUAGUUUGGGAUGGACCACCAACACUACAAGAGGAAGAAGAAGAUUCCGAAGAUACCUGCCCCAUGGAUAUAGCAUUAAAUACAACAUUAUAUAGUGAUUUAGGUAAGUCCUAA